ACAAGCUUCAACCCCGAGGACCCUACGGAGUCCCUUCUGAUUCAUUCAUUCUAUACUCUUUGUCUUUUUCAUUCUUUUUAUCUGAUUUUUGGUCCGUAUGUAUGAUCCUAGGGCAACCUCCAGCCUCGUUUUGCAUGGCGACGGUGCGGAAGGCAGUCGUCCUCCAAAAAGGCCCCGUAGCGGCUGGCCUUACCCACCAGACGACACGUAUCAAGACAACUUCCGCCAUGUACCCCCCCACGAUGCCCCAGAAAAUGCAAGAAAUAGUCGUCAGGAUCUGCCAGCUCACAAAACUCCAGACAAGGAGCGUGGGCGGCGGUUGUCCUGCAGAGAGUGUCGAAGGCUUAAGCUGAAGUGCGAUCGUGUCUUCCCCUGUCAGUCGUGUAGAAAGAGAGGGUGUAGUGAUAUCUGCCCCGAAGGUGCUUUGACCUCGGGCCGUGGAAGUCGGUUUAUUCUCGCGAAUACUGAGCAGCUACACGAAAGAAUUACCCAACUCAGUGACCGUGUCCGCCAAUUAGAAGAUGGACUGCUGACCCUUCAGGCUUCUUGUUCAAAUGAACCGCAUCCGUUGCUCGCACCCGACCUCUUACGCAUUAAAAACUCUCAGCUGCGCCAGUCUCCUACUACUGAGUCUCACGGUCGUGACGAUACACCCAGGAAUCAUGUGGAUUUCCCUAAUGCCCUCCGGAAGCCCGAAGAUUAUUCCAUGGAUCGACCUAACCUUAUUCCAUACGGUGCAUUGGCAAUAGUUCCUGAUAUUAAUAUACCCUCCGACAUUCUCCACCUGAGUGUCGCCUUUCCCUUUCCCUGGUCGGUGGACAUCAGCAUCCGGAAGCGCAUCAGAGACUGCCUUCCGCCUAUUGAGGAAACCCACCGUCUUUGCGACCAGGCAUGUCGCAAUGCUCUUUGGCAGUACAACCUGGACGCCUCGGAAAGCUUCUUGCAAAAUCUUAUGCAUCACUGCUAUGCAUCAUCUAUUGAAGAUCUAAGUCCCCGCCGUCUCGCUUUGCUACUUAUGAUUCUAUCGAUUGGGUCCUUGGUCGAUUUACACAAGCCUCUGGGCUCGUUGCAUGGCGAAGCCUACCACCAUCUUGCUCGUGCUGCCGUUUGUGAAAUACCACUGAUGGAGGAACCCGAUUUUGAUGAGCUGCACGCUUUGUUCUUUAUGGUUUUGUACCAUUUAGUGUUUUCGGAUAACAAGAAAGCCGUGGGAUAUGCCUGGAAUUUACUGGGAUUCAUCGCGAAAUUAGCCCAAGGGCUUGGUCUACACCGGGACGGCAGCAGAUUGAAGGUCAUCCCUGAGGAGGAAGAUAAGCGGAGGUUUCUGUUUUGGGAACUACUGAAUCUAGAUUGCCGACUGAGUUUGUCCUUGGGUCGCCCACCAUCCAUUUCUCUGGCUCAUGUCGACGUUAAGCGACCCAAUUACCGUGCUAAAGGGCUGAGCGUCUCUCGAGAAGAAAUACUGUAUCAUGAGUGGAAGAAUACUUUCUUCAUCGAGUGCUUGACUCCGAUUUUGGAAGCCAUGAUUGCUGUCACGCCCCCCGAUUACUCUCGUGUGAUACUUCUUGACAGAUCUGUCCGGACCUUUGGUGUUUCACCGCUUCUAGACGAGAGUAAUACCAUGAAUGGAGUCAAAACCCGUCUGUUAUCGAUGCAGCGAGCAUUUGUUGCUACUAGCAGAGAUAUUGCUCUUCUGCAACUCCAUCGUCGGUACUUCACAGACGCAAUGAAUAAUUGUCCUGAGCCCUUUGACUUUUACCAUCGGUUCGCACCAUCUGUUGUGGCAACAUAUCUUGGAGCAUCCUCUUUUAUAUCUACUGUCUCAAAAUUAUAUGAGCAAGAGCAACAUUUAAGUGCCCGUUUUCUAUGCUUCUGGUUCAAUGCCUUUUCGGCAGCUGUUACAUUGUCAUUAUUCAUAUCAAGAGCACCAUCGAGUCCUCUAGCCACGUUUGCUCUUCAAGAUCUUGAACGAGUUCGCGAAUUAUUUAUACACGCAGCGACUAUUCUCCCGUUUAGUGCAAAGGCCCUCCCCCUGAUAGAAAAGGUCACGGAAAAGUCUCGCCACCUGCACAUGCAAGUGCGACGAAACUCCUUGCAGGAUGGCACCCUCGAAAGUUCUAUGACGGAGACGUCGCAAGGCUCCAACACCUCCAAUAUCAUAUUGCCCUCUUCUUUCACUGAUGCACAUCCAUCCUUGUGCCAAUACGCGGAGCGGAUCAUCUCGACACCAACGCUACCCAUUUCGCGGAUGUAUGUAUCCGAUCUUCAGAAUGUGGAGGACGAAAGGACAUGGUUGCCAGAGGUAUACCGCUUCCACAGUGCUGGAAUAACGAUCGACGACCGGUAUAAUUUUGCGUCGGCGCAGCCAACACCGUUCUCCCCGUCAGAUCCUCGUGUGGGGAAGCACGAAACAGUAAAUUUCGAUCACGGGGCAAUCACAGUUGAUCUUAGUGAUACCAGCUAUAUGGCCUGGUUCUAGUAUAGGGCAUAUUAUUUGCGAUGUAACUUGGUUUAUAUUCUGCAGUGUACAGUAGGACGAUUAUGUAAUCCGACCCUGUUAUGGUCGACGGCAUGACGAACCUGUUAAC